AAGUGAUCAACACACUGGUAUGGCUCUAUCGCGUGUGUGAAAGGGAGAAAAGACAUCCCUGAACACCUACGAAUAGAGAUCGAUCAGACAGGGAUACCAAAGACUAUGAUGGCGACCGACGCAGAAGAUCGAUUAAAAUGGCCAGGGUACACCGAGAAAGCUCACCCAGAGAUUUUCGACAUCCGUGCUAUGCCACCCCAGUCUGUGACGAAAAAACCUGGUCAACUUUCCCAAGAGGAAAUCCGACAAUACUUUGAGGAGGGGUACGUUAUAGUAAAGGAUUUUUUCACAAAAGAGGAACUGGAGCCCUGUCUGAGAGAUUUCGAGGUGCUGGUGGAAAAUCUGGCACAGAAACUGUACAAAGGUGGCAAGAUCAAAAAUCUUUACGAGAAAAACGAUGUUUUUACACGACUGAUCAAACUUAAUGAAGAAUUCCCGGGAGCUGCGGUACUACUACACAAGAUAGGAAAUCUUCCACAGUCGCUGCGGAACUUGUGGGGAAAUGAGCGUCUCCUUAAUGUAAUCGAGCAGGUCAUUGGCCCAGAUAUAUCUGGGAUGCCAAAUUGGAAUUUGCGGACAAAGACGCCUUAUAAUGAGGAGCUCACCGUUCCUUGGCACCAAGAUGCUGGGUAUCUUGACAACGACGCUUACAAAACACUGCUGGCUACGGCGUGGAUACCGUUCCUGGAUACAAAUAAGAACAAUGGCUGUAUGGAGGUCAUACCAAAGGGACACCUUAGUGGCAGGGUGGGUAUGCACCAGUGCUGUGCAGGAGGAACCUGGUACAUUAUGAUCGAGGAGGAAGAAAUGAAGAAAACUUUGGGUUGUUCUACAGACGAAAGGAAACUUUGUCCAAUCCCUUACGGAGGAUUCUUGUUAUUCAACAACAUCAUCCCCCACAGGAGUUUGGAAAACUUUUCUGAUAAAGUUCGCUGGAGUAUUGACUUACGAUUCAAGAAGACGGGCCUACCAAACGGGAUGUUCGGACUGAAACCGGAUGUGGAAAUGCGUUCCUCUAAAAAUCCAAACAUGAAAAUUGACUGGGAAACGUUCGACUCUAUAGACAGAACAAAGGCACAGAUGAAAUCAGUCAAAGAAUUUGUCAAGGUUCAGGAAGAUCAGGAAUUCGACAUUUCCGUUCAGGGUCCAUGGAUGAGAAAAUGGGAAUUGACCCACUCAAAUAUUCACGUGAGGAAGCAUUUGUACGAAGAGAGGGUGCGCGCGCAGGAGGAAGAAGAAAAACAACAACAGGGAGUCAGUGAAUCUCCUGCAGAGAAAAAGAGAAAGCAGGAAGCUUGAUGAAAAUUUGACAUUCAAGUUACUGCAAAUAAAAUGCGUUCUAUUAGUCUGUUAUCAUAUUGCUUUUAAGCACACAAUUCAACCUGAUAUGCAAUUGAAAGAAAAUUGACUGAAAUAGAAUGAAUCAUUCAAAUCAUUCUCUGUAACUUUUCUACUUCAUCCUUUAUAUAUUAUAAGCAUGAUACUAAUGUUUCAUUACGUUUUAUCAA